GUUCCUCUCCUAGCUAUCCAUUGAGAACACAAGGCCUCCCUGGGCCUUGUGUUCUCAAUGGAACAGAAGUUGCACCAAGCUUUUUGUUGCGUUUCUGUAUGUGAAGUGAUUAAAAAAUUUUUUUACUUGAACCUUAAUUAGGUACAUAUUUGAGUCAUAAGCACAUGGAAAAUCUAUCAGCAAUGUAUUUUAAUACAAAAUAUACUAGAAUAAAAUUAACAUAUCUCCUACUUAAUUUAAAAUAAUAAUUAGAAUAUUUUCCAUGCAGCUUUUUCCUCACGAGGGUCACGGAGGUGCUGGAGCCCAUCCCAACUAACUACGGGCAGCAGGCUGAGUACACUCUUCACUGGUUGCCAGCCAAUUGCAGGGCACAAUGAGACAGCCAUUGACGCACACACUCAUACCUAUGAAUAAUUUAGCGUUCAAUCAGCCUACCGCGCUUGUUUUCGGAAUCUGGGAGGAAACCUGCACAGGGAAAACAUGCAAAGUUGCAAACACACAGGAAGGCCGGACGGAACCCUUGAUCUCAGAACUGAGACAGAUGUGCUAACCACUUGGCCACUGUGCUGCCAUAAUUACCAUCCGAAUUUAGAAUUUUUUUGUUGUUGUUCGAAAAAUUAAAUUAACCCUUAUGGUCUUGGGCCUUUAGGUAGUGUGUGUUGGCCAUUUUUAAAUAUUUAAAAAGUGAAAACUAAGGUUAUUUUUGUUUUUUUGUUUUUUUUAAUUUAGGUGCACUCAGUCCCCUCAGCAAUAACAUUUUUGCAAAUGAUCACACAAAUGUAAUGUGGAAAUACAUGAAAUAGACAAAAUUAUACAAUUAGUAAAAAUACGCAGAGAACAAGAAAAUAAAUGAUCAUUUUGAACAUGUUUGAAAAUGCAAAACUUUUAUGUUGUGUUCUGUUAUCAUGGCAAGCAACAGUACCUUGACCAAUGAGAUGAGUGGGAUUUGGUGUUGUCAUUGUUCUGACAGCUCAUUGGUCAAAAAGCAGGAGAGGCAGGGGAAUGCGUUUCCCAGCAUAUUCUUGUAAAGCACCAUACCUGUAUUUGUCCAUUCUACAAAUGAGAUACUAUUUUUGUCUUUCAUGAUAAUAUAAUAAUUAUCAACAACUAUAUAUAUAUAUAUAGAUAUAGAUCCUACUCACCAACGUCACAGAAUGACGUGUCGCUGUAUCCGGCCGCCAUAUUGUCCGUCUUUGUUUAUCCGUAUUCUCAAUGGUUUUAAUUUGUCGUGCAAUUUAUAGUGCAAUUCAUGGAAGCCCCGGUGCUUUCAGACGCUGUAAACUCAUUGGAUGCAUUGCAUAAAAGGCGUUAUGUGGAAAAGCUUCAGUCUAUCCAUUCGCCAGGUCCAUAUUUGAUGCCUAAAUCGAUAUUUUUCGACCCGCUGUCUUCGCCCUCUCUGCCUGACACCUGCUACGCUGAUAUCUACAACUAUCUUGUCCACACAAAAUCAGCCUAUUCUCACGAAAGUUUGAAAAACUUUAAGAGCAGCACUCUAAGCAACAUUGCCCCGUGUGACCCUUCCAAUUUUUUUAAAAUGGCGACAAUCAAUUAAAAAAAAGUUGACUGCGAUGGCCGACGCUUCAAGGAUAGGUGGAUAUUGGACUAUUUCUUCAAUAAAACACGCAACAACUGUGUCUGCCUCAUUUGCAAAGAGACAGUCGCUGUUUUCAAAGAGUUCGAUGUUACGUGAUAAUAUUACCGAACAAGACACGCGACAUUACAGGGAAGAUACGCAGCGAGAAAUUAUAGCAACUUGAAGCUAGUUUAUUUUCACAGCAGCAGUAUUUUGCAAGAGCCUGAGUGUCGAAAGAGAACGCCACAAAGACGAGACUGUUGAAAUUAUGAAUUAAAAAAAAUAAAAAAUAAAGCAAAUGUGACACACAGAAGGGCUUGCUAACAUUUGUUUAAAUAUAUUGUUCUAUGUAAAUCAGACAAGGUAGCCCCCUGCAUUUUUACCACACCAAAUCUGGCCCCAUUUGCAAAAGGUUUGGACACACCUGUUUAACUGAUGAUCGAUCCGUAGACGAGGCCAGCUUCUUUCACUUGGUACCAGCUAAAUAUUAUUCAAAACGUAAUGAUGGUGGAAGAAAUAAGCAUCUUGAAUUUGAAACUGUAUGUUGUGAUUGUGUAAUUGUGGUUGUCAGCCCAAAACCCUCUAAAUAUGUAUUAAAUGCAUCUUACCAGAUAUAAAAUGACUGCUACAUAAUCUGUAGUGAUCGUUUGGUGCCCAGUUUUCUCGUCGAAUUGCAGCAGUCCAUCUCGCUCUCCUCUCCGGGUCUUUCGGAAUACGGUAGAACUUCAAGUCUCUCAGUCUAUCUUCUCUGUUAUUGCAACCAACCGCCACACACGCCUUCACCAUUUUGAUUAUUAAAGUUAACGAGCAGAAAAACACGCCAUAAUAGGAGGAAUUUACGUAGCGGUAAUGCUAAAACCCGACGGGUAGACGGACAACACGGCGCGGAGGCGUGGUUGUGACGUCAUGUGAGUAGGGUCUAUAAGGAGCUAUACAACAUUAGAUACAAUAAAUCUAAGAGUGUCAUUAUGAUUUUAAGAAUCAAAGAGGACAAACUUUGUUUUCUCUGUUUUUAGGUUGUCUGGUCAAGUCCUGUAGUCAGCUCAUUUCUUGACACUCUUCUCCCUGAUGCCUGUUCCACUGAUCUGUUCCCUUCUGUCCCGGCAAAUGCAUGAUUCUUCAUACAGUGAGUUGUUUUUUAUUAAUAAUAUACUAGUAGAUAAAGUAUAUAUAUAAUUUUAAAAAUAUGCUUUGGUGAAGGCCAAAUAUGUGCAUACAUGUUAUGUUUAUUAUGUUCAUUUGGGCUAUUCUCCUUUCCAGGUAAAGUUCUCACCUCACUGCAGCUGUCUUUGAAAAUUUUCAGUGCGGGAACAAACUUGUUGUAUGCUGAGAUUUAUCAAGAGACUUGUAAUAUAUUCACUCUUUUAAACGAUUUUUUCCCCAAUUUUUCUUUGUUUGGAUCGAUUAUUUAUCAUCUAAAAUAUUGGGGGAAAUGCGACAGUAAUGAAAAAAAUAAAAUUUAGCGAUAGUUAUGAAGUAGAUAUCCGUGACUUUUUUACAGACAUUAACUUUUUCAUUGUGACGUCAUAUGUUUAAAAGUUUAAAAUAUGCGAGUGAAUAAUUUUUUGAAGUCGUUUUUUUUUUUUUUUUUUUCUUAAACUAAAUAUUAGACAUCAAUUAAUGAUUCUAAGCUAAAAAUGACAGACAUUUCGAGCAAUAAAUACAAUUACCUUCUUUUUAUUGUUAGGUUGAAACAAAAGCGGUUGCGUGACGUCUGUAAACGGGUUUCCAGGGUAAAACGGACAAAAAUAGUUCGGGGGCUAAUUGCGCCAUGAAUCUGCUAUGGCAGCAUAUAGACAUAUUGUUCUAUAAAACACAACAGUUCUUUUGGCUUAAAAUAUACCAGUUUAUUUUAAUGAGGGGUGCAUGAGCAGAAACUGCUUUUUGAAUCUUGUCUGUUUUCCGCCAAAUAUAUAUAUAUAUAUAUACAGUAUGUAUAUAUAUAUAUAUAUAUAUACAUAUUUUUUUUACAAGUCUGGAAUCUUACGAAUUAAUGUGGACGGUGAGAAGGAAUGCUGAAAUUCAGCUUAAUUAUUAUAUGCGCCCACUUACGUCUGUCCUCACCAUUCGUGUGGCUCCCUCAGGUUGGCUAUGGGAAUGCCUCCGGCUUCCUGAUUAUACUCUCAAGCUUCCUGAGUUUGUGUUUUUAUCAAGUUGGCUCAGUGACAGAUCCUAGAUCACCAUUGGCCUGCUCUCCAAUGCAGCUGGCAUGCUACCAAUGGCCUUUGCCAGACAUGCAUACAUGUUCUUCUUUGGUUAAAAAAAAAAAAAGAUCCACAUUUUUUAAAAUUCACCACCAUGAUUUAACUACCGUUUAAUCUACCUACACCCAGUGUACAAUAGUUAAAAGAUUUUACUCCAACUUUAACUCUAGGACUUUCUCUCCACCUCGUUUCUUGACACUCUUCUCCCUGAUGCCUGCUCCACUGAUCUGUUCUCUUCUGUCCCGGCAAAUGCAUGAUUCUUCAUACAGUAAAGUUCUCACCUCACUGCAGCGGUCUUUGAAAAUUUUCAGUGUGGGAACAAACUUGUUGUAUGCCGAGAUUUAUCAAGAAACUUGUAAUUGGUUUCCCGGACUUGUCCUGAUAUUAUCAAGCUUGAUCUCCAUCGUGGCCAUCAUACCUAUAAGAAUAUUUGACAGCAGAUUGGCAGUUGGAUACCUCUCCCAGGUCAUUGCAGAUGAAGAGAGCGAUAAACAUGAUCUGUUACUUGAGAAAGAAGAACCCAGUGAUGCAAACCCUUAAAAUAUUUCCAAUUACAAAAGCAAGUCAAAACUGCCAGUAACCUCCCAGAGACAUGGAAACUAACAGUCAGCACAAAUACUUAGGCUGUAUGGCAUGUAUAGACUCACCAAUAGGAGGAAGACCCACCCACAGGAAACAGUCACGCUGAGCAGGCCUCAUAUUUCACAAAAAAGGAAGCUGUUAAAAAAAUACAACCGAACCUGCUGUGACAAUGAGACAUUUCCUCUUCAUCCUGCUUCCCUAUCUUUGUAUGUGUGGCAUUCAGGGCGCUUCAGAAUUUAGGAUCUGUGCCUUCAACCUUCAACAUUUUGGAGAAUCGAAAGCUAACAAGCAGGAUAUUAUGCUUACAUAUGCUAAGAUCAUCACCAGAUGUGAUCUGUGUCUGCUUCAGGAAGUGAGAGACAGCAAGAAAACAGCUUUGCGCCAGUUGCUUGAGCAGCUUAACAAGUAUGACCCUUAUCAUGAGUAUAAAGCUGUGGCAAGUGAGAGACUGGGCAGAUCGGAAACAUAUAAGGAACAGUACGUAUUUGUAUACAGGGCUGAUACAGUGACAGUAACAGGCCAGUAUCAGUACCCUGACACCAGACCAGGAGAUAUUGAUGCGUUCUCCAGAGAGCCCUUUGUUGUCCGCUUUAAAGCUAAAAACACAGCAAUCAAGGAGUUUGUCCUCAUCCCACAACACACCAGUCCAGCUAAUGUCUCGAAGGAGCUUGAGGCUCUGUAUGAUGUAUUACAACAUGUGAAGAGGAUGUGGAAAACUGAGAAUGUGAUGCUUCUUGGGGACUUCAAUGCAGAUUGUUCCUACCUUUCCAAGAGGAGCCGCGGCAAAUUGCGCUUGUUCACAGACAAUAAUCUGUUCUGGUUGAUGCCAGAGAAGACGGACACCACUGUUAGAGCAACCACCUCUUGUGCCUAUGACAGGAUGGUUGUACAUGGUGAAACAUUUUCCAAUGCAGUUGUACCCUCUUCAGCCAAGCCAUUUAACUUUCAAGUGGAAUAUCAUCUCACUGAGGAAGAGGCGUGCAAGGUGAGUGACCAUUACCCCAUUGAGGUCCUGCUGAAGAACAACGCAUCAAAAAUGUGCUUCAGUCUCUUCCUGGUGUCAUUUCUUAUAUUCAUCCUCAGAUGAAACGUAGUGUUGGAAGGGGAUCCUCUCGGAGGCUAUUAAAAAAAAAAACAUUGUCAGGUAAAACACCAAACUCUAACCUCAAAAAAUCUCUUGCCAUGGUAUCAGCGCUUGAAGUGUAUUUUUUUUUUUUUUUUUUCAAAACUUUGAUCAUAAUGUAUUACAAGAUAUGGACUUUCUCAGUGUGACACUGGCUUUUGGUAUCAGACAGAAAUAUUAUAUAUUAUACCAUAGUCUACUAUUCAGAGUUUUAGUUAAAAUUUUCAGUUCCAGUCUGCAAUUUACACUUGGCAAGCUUUAUAAUUAUAUAUAUUACAAUAGCAGGGCAUUGCGGUUUUUUUUUCUAUGGUUAAAACCUUUGUGUAAAAGUCAUUUUAUUUGUUCAGAUGUGUUAGUUCAAGGCUGUACAUUACCUUACAACUUUCAGGAUUUAAUUAUUCACCAAAGACGUCAAUUGUGCACGCAUUAUCUUUCAUGUUGAAAGUUUGUGUUUUUGAUGCUCAAAGCAAAUGCAGUGGUACCUCGACAUACGCACGAUGAUCUUUUUGACAUCAGACGUAGAAUUUGACUCGCCAUUUGUUUCUACAUCCAAUGACAUGCUCGAAAUACGACGAUUUAUGACAGCGCCGCAGUUUGCUUUCCCGCAACACGGACGCACGGCGGAUUUUCAUGUGAGAGAAAUCAACAUGGGUUCCAAGAAUGUUAGUGCAGGUGUUGAAAAAAGGGAAAAAGGUGAGGCUUACUAUUGAAAUGAAGAUGGAAAUGAUAGAAAAAUAUGAGCGUGGUGUCCGCGUCCGUGAACUGGCUCGACAAUACGGCCGUAGAAUGUCUACCCUCUCAAUGGUAUUCCUCCGACCUCCGUUCGCCAGUCUUUAUAAGUUAAAGUGACAAUUAUUAUUGUAGUAACAUCGCCAAAGAAACCGCGAGCUUCGUCAGGUUUUUAAUCAUUUAUUUCAGAACUUGUGCAACACAACACGCCUACUGUCCGAUGCAGCUGAGGCUAUCGACAGGACAUGAAAAGUGCAAGUACCGUAUUGGCCUGAAUAUAAGACGGUUACCUCUUUUUCAAGACUCAAGUUUGAAAAAAUACUUUUUGAACACCAAAUUAAUUUUUAUACAGAAAAUAAUUACAGUCCAUCUGAAACAAAUGAUUAUAACAAUAUAUUUGAGAGAAAAAGCAUGUUAUUUUGGCUCAUUCAAAUCUUAAUAUCUGAACAUUUAAAUAUGUAAACUAAAGUACAAUCACAUUCGUAAAUGAAUGGCUUCUGGUUUUUGAAAUGUAAAUAAACCAAUCUAUUGUGAUAAAACAACAAUAUUGCAAUAACUGCAUUAACCAUCAAAGUGAAGUCUAACUGUAACUGUAGUCUUGAAACAAAUCUGAAUAAGGAAAAACAUUGCAAUAAAAUUAUGCAAACUAGUUAAACUUGAGAGCCGCUGAGAUCUGUAAUGAUAAAACAUUGCUUCAAUGAUAUCUGGCGCCAUCUAGCGUUGUGGAUGGGUAUAACGUCUAGACCGCGAAUAUAAGACGACCCCCACUUUUUCAGUCUUAUUUCAAUGCAAAAAACACCGUCUUAUAUUCGGGCCAAUACGGUAAAACAUCAUUCUGUCAAGUCAGCCACGCGGUGCGUUCAGAUACACAACGCAAAACACAUCCGCCACAUUAAAACCCGAUUCGAUACAUUAUUACAGGAAUUAUUAUUACUAUUAUUCUUUUAUUAUUCCGAUUUUUAUUCAUAAUUUAUUUGUUUUGCCCUGUGUAAUCGCUAUUUGCAAUAGUGCCAGCAGUAUUUAUUAAGGACUUAGUGUAGGUUUUUGGGCUGUGGAACAAAUUAAUGGAAUUAAAAAUGUAUUCUUAUGGGAAAAUCCUGCUCGACAUACGACCAUUUCGACUUACAAACAAGGUCCUGGAACGAAUGAACUUUGCAUGUAGAGGUACCACUGUAUGUGUUUGUGUUUAUAUACAAUGUAUGUAAACAAAUGAAUAAACUAUAUAGCUGAUUUUUGUUGUUUUGUUUUGUUGCCCCUGUCUCAGCUUUUAAUUAAAAAAUAGUCUACAUCUUUUUUGUAUGUAGUGUAUGCAUUUUGUAGGUUGAUGGUAAGCAUUUUUGAUCAGGCACAAGGGCGAGCGCAUUGCAUCUUUGAUCACGCACUUUUAUCAGUGCUAUUACCCAAGCUCAUGACUCCUGGGCCAAUCAUAUAGCUUAAAUAAUGAGAUAUGGUGUGACACAAGGGCCCCCGAACAGAUACGUAUCUGUGAUCUACCCCUCAACAUGAAUCAGAUGAGGGAAGUCAAGAUCCCAGAGCACUGAGAUGUGUUUUCGCACGGAUGCUUGAGAGCAGCGCCCAAGCGGUUACUUUUUGCAGGUAAAAUUUUAUUUUUAGCUGUGUGUGAGGUAGCAAUGUGGAUGACAGAUUAGUACAUCCGCUUCACAAUCCUGAAAUCAGAGGUCAAUCCCAUGAGGCGGAUGUGCUAAUCACUCCUGUUUUAAGUGUACCAGUAUCUGUGCUGCACUUGUGUGGUGUGACUAAUGUCACAUUUGUCACAUAAUGGCUGCGCUCGCAUGCAGUGCCAUCUUACAACCCCUAGCAAAAAGUAUGGAAUCACCAGUCUUGGAUGAGCACUCACUCAGACAUUUUAUCAUAUAGAACAAACUCGGAUAAAAACCUUGUCAAGAGUCAAGAAUCUGCAUUGGACAAGGUGAUGAUGCUGGAACUUUUGUUUGGUGCUGUUCCAGUGAGAUUUAUUAAGAUGACUGCCUGAAGAAGACAUCAAAAUUCCCUCAGUCCUUGAUGAUAUGGGGCUGCAUGUCAGGCAAAGGCACUGGGGAGAUGGAUGUGGUUAAAUCUUCAAUAAAUGCUUACAAGUUUACAUUGAAAUUUUAGACAGCUUCCUUAUCCCUUCAAUUGAAAAUGUGUUGUCAUUUCCCAAGAUGACAAUACAUCAUGCCACAGAGCUAAAACUGUUACAGCAAAAUUCCUUGGAGAAAGACUCAUCCAGUCAAUGUCAAGGCCUGCAAAUACCUCAGAGCUCAACUCUAUUGAUAACCUGCGGUGGAAAUGGAAAAAAUGGUCCACAGCAAGGCUGCAAGGAUGAUCUGGCAACUGCAGUGAAAGAGAGUUGGCACCAAAUUGAUGAAGAAUACUCAUCAAGUCCAUGCCUCAGCGACUGCAAGCUGUCAUAAAAGCCAGAGGUGGUGCUACUAAAUACUAGAGAUGUGUUGUGAUCGAUCAGGUCCGAUCACGUCAUUUUCAAAGUAUCGGAAUCGGCAAAAAAAUAUCGGACAUGCCUUUUUUUAAUAUAUAUAUAUAUAUAUAUAUUUUUUUAAAUUAAAUCAUUUUCUAAUUGUAUUUAACGUUACAAACAAAAUGUCUUACACUCAUCCAGAGUCUUUAGUUUUGGCUUAAAGUAGGGUUAUCAAAUUUAUCGCGUUAACGGCAGUAAUUAAUUAAAAAAAAAUUAAUCACGUUAAAAUAUUUAACGCAAUUAACGCAUGCGCUGCACGACCCACUCACGCAUUGUCGCCUUCAAUCUAAAAUGGCGCAGAUUUACCCAUAUAUAGAGCUAAAAGGCAGCGUAAAACGAGUAGAGUGAAUUUUGGCAGUCUUUGGAGCCUUUUUUUAAUUGGCUAAAGCCUUAAAAUCCCUUUCUCAUCAAUUAGAAAUAUCGUGAGCAAGCAAUGUGGGGAAGAAAGGUAUUAGUUGAUCUUUUUCUUUACACCCUAUGUUAUUUCCCAACGCAGAGAAGAUAUAUCAAUUGGUGGCACUACGCACAGUCAUGGUUGCACUUCCCAUCAUGCAUUUGGGCAGAACAGUUAAAUGGCUACAAUAUCAUUUACUGAAAGCUCAACAAAUACACUAGAUGGCAAUAUUUAGUCACAAUAUACAAAGUCACAUUUAUCUUUUAAGAAUUACAAGUCUUUCUAUACGUGGAUCCCGCUCACAGAAAGAAUGUUAAUAAUGUAAAUGCCAUCUUGAGGAUUUAUUGUCAUAAUAAACAAAUACAGUACAGUACAGUUGAAUGUAUAUAUGCGUCCGAGUUUUAUUCAUUUUUUUCUUAAUGCAUUGCCAAAAUGUAUAUGAUCGGGAAAAAUUAUCGGCAAUGAUUGGAAUUGAAUCGGGAGCAAAAAAAAGCAAUCGGAUCGGGAAAUAUCAGGAUCGGCAGAUACUCAAACUAAAACGAUCGGGAUCGGAUCGGGAGCAAAAAAACAUGAUCGGAACAACCCUAGUUGUGAUUGUUAUUUCUUUGUUUGUUUCUCAUGAUUCCAUACUUUUUUCCUCAGAAUGGAGUGAUUCCAUAUAUAUUUCCCUGCACUUGCUCUAUAAAAUUAACAUUUACUGACCACCACAAUGUUUUUUAUUCAUUUCUUUUAGUGUUUGUAAAGGCUAAAAAGUUGCAUUUUUGAACUAAUUCGUUAUUUUUUCAAGCUUUUUAUCUGAGUUUGUUCUAUAUUAUAAAAUGUCUGAGUAAGUGCUCGUUGGAGACCGGUGAUUCCAUACUUUUUGCUAGGGGUUGUAUCUGUAUGUGUUAAAACUUUGUUUUCUUUGUUAUCAUAGUUCUAAGAAAUUCCUGAUUUGCAUAUUUAAAUUCUUUGAGCUACACAUUUUACGUAUAGUCAUUUGUACUAGGGCUUCUCUGUCCCUUUAUUGUGUGAACAAUGCUACUCAAGCAUAUGAGUAUGCUACUCUUGACGAAGUAUGAUGGUCUGAAAAAUCACCGGUAUCACUUAUGGUAUGAUCUAGUCAGCCGACUGAUGAAAAAACACUUUGGUGGGUGUGUUUGGUGGAUGACAAGCCUGACCUGAACAAUAUGCUGGAUAUGCCGGACCUUAUGGAGGAUCAGGAGUGCAAAAAUUAAACAAAUAAAUGCACAAUCAUAUAAUCAUUUGGAGUGUUUGUUUUUGGGUUCGCUGGCUGUUUAGCAGAAUAGCGUCAUUGACAAACACAGCAAAUAACAGUGGAAGGGGUGAGCGCCUCCGCGCCAAGCCACUUCUGGCCUCAUUUUUGGCACAUGAAAAAUAGCGAAUACUGUACUACGGUAUGACCGAAAAUUUUAGUGGUUUUGAAACCGCGAUGUUUUCACACCAUGGUAAACCGUUAACUGGCACACGCCUAAUCGAGAGUAGCCUAUUUAACUUUGUGGAUUAAGUCUAUAUGUUGAAAAAGGUUUUUUUUGUAAAUAACAUGGUCACCGCCUGACACAUAUCUUGUAACCAUGUCACGUUAAAUAAGGUGCUAUUGGAACGGAAAAGUUAACUGCCGACAGAGGAGGCGUUAACAAAAACAAAUUAGAGCUUUUUUUUCUUUACAAAAAAAGCGAAAUUUUCUAAAAUUUGAGGUCGAAAAUGAAGUUGAUUAUGAUGGUUUAUAAUAGCGCUCAGCGAGAAAAAGUUAGCUGCAGAUUUAGACUGAGCAAAGAACUCGCAUUGUAACCAUAUUGUUUGUUGUUGCUCUUGAGCUGCCUCCGUGCAGAAAAUUUUCAUACCUGUCAACCCAAGGCCGUUGGCAAUCUUCCAAAUAGUGAUGUGUGCCCUUACAAAUUGGUGACUAAUCUUACAACGUUGUAUAUAGCGUGAAAUAUGAAACAAAAAUAAA